GCGGCUGGCGGGGUUCUGCUGUACGACCUGCUGCCCGAGCUGGACGCGCUGCUGGGCUCCCAGCGCCUCUUCCUGCUGGGCCGAACGCUGCAAUCCGCCCGCGCCGUCGCCACCAGCGAGCGCGAGGCUGAGCAGUACGAGCACAACGCCCGCAACCAGGUGACGCUGUGGGGGCCCAGCGGGAACAUCCUGGACUACGCCAACAAGCAGCUGGCAGGCCUGGUGCUGGAUUAUUAUGGGGUGCGCUGGAGCCUCUUCGUCUCUCUGCUGGUGGAGAGCCUGAACACGGGCAGCCCCUUCCACCAGGAGCAGUUCAACCAGGCUGUCUUCCAAGUGGAGAGGGGCUUCAUCUACAAUGGGAAGCGCUACCCUGCGACACCCGUCGGUGACACGCUGGAGAUUGCCAGGAAGAUCUUCCUCAAGUACUACCCCAGGGCCACACAGCAUGGCUGGGACGGGCCCUCCUGAUGUGGGGUUGUGCCACUCAGAGCCCCCCAGGAGGAGGGCAGAGCCCCCACGCCUGAGUGCUGCAUCCCUGCUAUGCCAGAAUGAAGGCGCUGAGCACCAGCGGGAGCGGACAGCAUCCCAGAGGAUGGGAAUUGCCCCAGGGGCUGCGGCAGCCCAGAGACAUGCUUGAUCCUGCCAGCACCCAGCCUGCCCUAUGCUGGACUGCCCACAGAGCGUAGAGCCACAGGAGGAGGGCUCUGCUGCCCCACUGGAAGCUGGGUGGUGCCCGGGCAGGAGCUGGCAAAGGCUGGAGCAGCAAAAUAUGGGGCCCCGGGGCAGCCUUGGGAGGACUGUGGUGCUCCAAGGGCGGCCCCAGUUACACACAGUGCCUUUGUAUUGAAAGAGACUCUGCCAGGCUCCCCAUGGCGGGGUUUUCUCUGCCUUUUCUUCCCAGUGCUGGCGGUCAGCACGAGGGGCUAUUAAAGCCCUGGGUGCUCGGUGCCGUUGGGCUCCUGUGUCUGUCUCUGCUGCCCUCCAGCACGCAGAUUGUUUCUAAUGAGCUGAAGGGAGCAGCUCGUGACCUACACAGAGGGAAUGUGGGUGGCAUGCAGGGAAAAAGUACCACAGGAUGUGGGGCAGCUCGGGGCCGUCCCGGGCUGGUGCAGGGCUGGGGGGAUUGUGGCAGCAGCGCGGGGUCCUUAUCGCCUCAGCUGCAGGUGGAGGGCCUUGAGAUAAGCGGGCAGACACAACACGGCGGGAGGGUGGGAGGGAGCCCAGCCUUUAUAAACCACGCGGCCCCGCGCCCAGCACUGUCAGCUGUGGAGAGAACCGCGGUGCCCAUGGAGAAGACCACGGUGCUGAUCACCGGCUGCUCCUCGGGCAUCGGGCUGGGGCUGGCGGUGCGCUUGGCGGCUGACGCUGCCCGCAGGUUCAAAGUGUUUGCCACUAUGCGUGACCUGGCCAAGGGUGAGCAGCUGCUGGAGCGCCUGGGGGGCAGCUGCCCCGACACGCUGGAGCUGCUGCAGCUGGACGUCACCGACCCGCUCUCGCUGGCUGCGGCCGUGCGCUGCAUGCGGGGGCAGCACCCGGACGUUUUGGUGUGCAACGCGGGGGUGGGUUUGAUGGCUCCCCUGGAGAUGUGCUCGGAGCAGGCCAUGAGAGCAGUGUUCGAGGUGAACGUCUUCGGCACCACACGCACCAUUCAGGCCUUCCUGCCCGCCAUGAAGCGCCGCCGCACCGGGCGCAUCCUCGUGUCCAGCAGCGUCGGGGGGCUGCAAGGGGUGCCCUUCAAUGCCGUGUACUGCGCCAGCAAGUUCGCGCUGGAGGGGCUGUGCGAGAGCCUGGCCAUCGUUCUGCGGCCCUUCAACAUCCACAUGACGCUGGUGGAGUGCGGCCCGGUGCUCACCGCUUUCAUGGACAACGCGCGGCGCGCCGACCCCGAGGGCCACGAGCUGCGGGCGCUGGACACCGAGACGCAGCAGCUGUACCGCCGCUACCUGCAGCACUGCGCGCAGCUGUUCCUCGACGCCGCCCAGGAGGUGGACGAGGUCCUGCAGGUCCGCGGGGGAGGCCCCACCCCGGCGUUUCCCGGCGCCGUGAAGUGGGCGCCGGGCUCCUCUCCCUGCUCUCCCUCUCAGUACAGGAUCGUGGAGCGGAUGCGUUCGCUGGGGAUGACCACGGUGCUGCCGGCCUUCGCGGGCCACGUGCCGCCGGGGGUUCUGCGGGUCUUCCCGCGCAUCAACGCCACGCGCCUCGGGAACUGGAGCCACUUUGACUGCACGCUGUCCUGUGCCUACCUGCUGUCCCCUGAGGAGCCCAUGUUCCAGGUGAUUGGGACGCUCUUCCUGAAGGAGCUCAUCAAGGAAUUUGGCACUGAUCACAUCUACAGUGCAGACACCUUCAACGAGAUGAGCCCGCUGUCCUCUGACCCCGCAUACCUGGCGGGCAUCACCAACGCCGUCUUCAGGGCCAUGACGGGAGCGGAUCCCGAGGCGCAGUGGUUGAUGCAGGGGUGGCUCUUCCAGCACCAGCCGGCCUUCUGGCAGCCGCCACAGGUGCAGGCGGUGCUGCGUGCUGUGCCCCUGGGCCGCAUGAUCGUCCUCGACCUCUUCGCCGAGUCCAAACCUGUGUAUGAGUGGACCGAGUCCUUCUAUGGGCAGCCCUUCAUCUGGUGCAUGCUGCACAACUUUGGCGGCAACCACGGCCUCUUUGGCGCCGUGGAGGCCAUCAAUCGCGGCCCUUUUGUGGCACGGCGCUUCCCCAACUCCACCAUGGUGGGCACGGGGCUGGUGCCCGAGGGCAUCGAGCAGAACGACAUGGUGUACGAGCUGAUGAACGAGCUGGGCUGGCGCCACGAGCCCCUUAACCUCCCUGCGUGGGUGUCCCGCUACGCCGAGCGCCGCUACGGGGCCCCCAACGCCGCCGCCAGUGCCGCGUGGCAGCUGCUGCUGCGCAGCGUCUACAACUGCACCGGCGCCUGCGUCCACCAC